AUGGAGGGUUUUAACGCAAGGUUACCGUUCGCUUCCACCAACAAUAAUGUGUUCAGUGCUAUUGGAGGAGCUAACUUUGAUGCCAACAGACAUCUGUCAUCCGCAACAUAUGGUCUGGCCAUGGAUAAUGCGAUCACAGCUGCUGGUCACGCGAACCUCUUCCACAAUCAGAACCAUGACCUAACAGCCAAUGCCUUUCUCUCAAGGAAUAUGCCAACCAUUCCACAAGUGCCUAACUUCAAUACUGUUGGCGGUGGACUGGAUUAUAUGUUUAACACCAUUGCUUAUGAAGAGUUGAUGAUCGAUCUAAGUACAGUGUUAAGAAAGGCCUCAGAGUUCACUGUUAUUAAGGUCUAA